UUCGCUUCCGCCUUCUUUGCCGAGCCAAGUUGUUGUUCUUCAUUAACAUGGCCAUGGCGGGAGCUACCGGUGCCAAUGAGUUGCAGAGGGAGCUGGUCUGUGCAAUUUGCCUGGACUUCUUUGACGACCCAGUCAUUUUGAAAUGCGGUCACAAUUUCUGUAGAUUUUGCAUACUGAUGCAUUGGGAAGAGAACGGCGGCGAGGACGUGGGUUAUCAGUGUCCGGAGUGCCGACAGAUAUUUGGAAAAAUAAGUUUCACGAAGAACUACCUGGUUAAGAACUUGGUAGAUAAAUUAAGUGAACUGGAUUGCUUGCGACAAUGCAAGCCUCAGAAGCCAGCUGAACAGAUCAAACCAGAGACCAGAUGUGAGCGACAUCACGAAGAGCUCAAACUGUUUUGCCACACUGACCGGAAGCCCAUUUGUGUCGUGUGCCGGGAGUCAAGAGCCCACAGGCACCAUGACGUGUCUCCCAUUCCUGAGGUGAUCGAAGACAUGAAGGCAGACCUGAGGAUGAGGCUCAUCAAGCUGAAUUUUCACAGGACGCUGUGCGCCCAGGUGAUAGCGGCAGAUGAGCGAUCAAAGACCAAUGUCAAGCUUAAGAAACAGGAGCUGAAGGAGAAGAUUGAGAACGAGGUGGGGGAGCUGGUUCAGUUCCUGUUGGAUGAGAAGGAUGAGCUUCUGGCCAGCCUGGAUACAGAGGAGUACACAUAUGUCUCCGUGAUCGACGAGAACCUGAAGGAGGUGGAGCGCGAGAUGGCGACUGUGGACGUGGCUAUCUCAGACAUCCAGCGCAGCCUCUCAGAUAGCAGCAGCUUUGAGGGCAUUUCCCAUACUACUUCAAGGCCUCAUCAAGCGCUUCCGAUACAAUCUACCGACUUCUUGCCGAACUGGGAGGAGUUCAAAGGUCCCCUUCAGCUCAUCCUGUGGAAGAAGAUGAUUCACGUGCUAAAAACAGGUCCUUCCAACCUCACCCUGGACACAGACACCGCCCACCCCAACCUUGUGAUCAGCGGCCACGACACCGCGGUGGAAGAGGCACGGAGCCGGUCCCAGGAGCCAGACCUGCCACAGAAGUUCACCCGCUUCUUCGGCGUCCUGUCCACGGCCGAGUUCUCUUCCGGGCAGCACUACUGGGAGGUGGACGUCCGUGACAAGGGGGUCUGGUACCUGGGGGUCACCACCAAGUACAGCAACCGCAAGGGUUUCGUGAACCUGUCCCCCUCGGCCGGCUACUGGAGCCUGUGCCUGCAGGACCGGCUGUAUGCCAAUGAGGAAGAUGCCCGCCUGCCCAUUGCUGAAUACUGGAACACGCCACGAGUGGGCGUCUACCUUGACUACGACGGAGGCCGGGUGUCCUUCUACGACGCCGUCACCAUGAAGCGUGUUUACACCUUCGACGCGUACUUUGAUGACCCCGUCUGUCCGUUCUUCAGCCCCGGGAAGAACAACCCUGGGAGCAGGAUGCAUAUCUGCCAUUAUUACUAAAACCUGCAGAUGCCAGACUUAAAAAGGAACUGCGGCAUCAAGACUGUAAAAAGGGACAUAAAAUAUUUUUAGCUACCCUGCCCAUGUGUUAACCCUUCUAGUGCAAACUUUUGUGACGGUGACCUGUUUUUUUUUUGCAAGUAGAUUAAUUUUUAGUAGCUGAUAAUGUGCAGUAAAAUGAUGGUAAAUGAAAUCUUAUUAAAUGCAUUGUAGAAUCUAGAUGUGUAUUUGAACUUAUCAUUUUUUUGUCUAAUCACGACAUUCAUUAAUGGAGUCUGACUGAAGGUGGUUUUUUCAUUUCUGAGAAAGUUGCGGUUGAACUUGCUACUUUUAACUGAUUUCAGGAAAAGUGUCUUUCUGCUUGCGUUUGUGUGUCAUUUUUGGUUAUUUAACGUUGUAUUUUAUUAUUUUAAAUCAAGGAUUCCAAGCUUUUUCUGGAUCCUCUGGAUAAGCAUUCUCAACAAAUGAGUGCAAGCAUUGCAGCUGAACUAGGGGCUUUGGGGUGCAUUCUGGUCACUCUACCAUAGUUAUUUGGGCGUGAUGUUCCAGUUCUUUAAAAAAUGAAAUCGGGCACAGCACUGUCUGGCUGUCGUCCUUCUGAAUAGUGUACAUGCUUUAUAUGUGUGCCGGUAGCUUUAAGACCUCAUAAGCGAAAGUGAUGCUAGUUGUUGUUGUUAUUCUUGCUAUUGUUGCUAUAGUGCAAUUGAUAUUAGGUCAUUUCAGUCAAGUGUAGCAGAUCUACGAGUUUUUAUGAGAUUUAAAUUUUAAACAAAGCUCGUUUUCAAGAGCAGGUUAUAUUUUUAUGCGCUGUGCGUAGCCCUCUUCGGAUUUUUUUAACAUGUCAAAGUCGGAUAUUUCUGUCAACACGAUACAUUUAUCGCCCGAGUGCAGAUUAGCCACCUUAACCUCCCUCAAAGGUAGAAGUGUUGGUGUUGUUUUUUUUUCCCUUUGUUUUUAACCCAUGAACUUGCUGUUUUUUUUUUUUUUUUUAAGUUUUGUAGUCAUUAGCUAUAUCUGACAUUUCAGAUUGUCUGUAAUGAACUGUCAAAAUCUCUGUAAAAUAAAAUGUAACUGUAAUUAA